AUGAAAUUUUUCAAAAAGCUUUUUAACACCGCCUCCAAGUCAAAGGAGGCAGAACCAGCCGAACGCAAUGUUCGGUAUCCAAUUCCAGGGGAGACAUCAGGCUCACCAGUAUCGGCUCCUUCACCGGCUACAGGGUCGGAAACCUUCUACGAGGUAGAUUUAGGCGCUGAAGACGUGGAGGAAAAGAAGCUGGUGAGGAGACAAUUCCCCCUGUUUAGACCAUUUGGAUGGUUUAAAGAGAGGAGAGAGGAGAAGGAGUUAGCUGAAAGGGUUCUUUUGGCUAAGGGGAUGGUUGCCGGCAUUCGUGCGUUGCAUCCCAACAGAAAGAAGAAGAAGAAGAUGAAUAACAACAACAACAACAACAACAACAACAACAACCUCAACAACAACCUCAACAACAACAACAACAACAACAACAACAACAACAACAACAACAACAACAACAACAACAACAACCUCAACAACAACAACAACAACAACAACAACAACAACAACAACAACAACAACAACAACAACAACAACAACAACAACAACAACAACAACAACAACAACAACAACAACAACAACAACAACAACAACAACAACAACCUCAACAACAACAACAACAACAACAACAACAACAACAACAACAACAACAACAGCUGCAAACCUUUCACAUACGGAAAGUUUGUAGCAAACGUAGAGUCAUACUGUCCUCGACUGUGUCAGGAAAUCAGAGCUUCAAUGGGCUUCUCGGAUUCCGAAUACGUACAGUCCAUUUCUCAAGGACUCACAAAACUUGAGAAUGGAAAUUACAAAUCGGGUGAUAGGAAGUUUAUUGUACACCGGGUCACAAAGAGAGAAUUUGAAAAUGUGAUCAGGUGGCUCCCUGAAAUACUUGGCGAGGACGAGUAUGAGUCGCUACUUAUACCUGUCCUUCAAUUAGUCGAGAUGCAGUUAAAGACGAAAACCAAAUACUUCGUUGUAACACGCAAUCUCGACUAUAGGACAGAGUUUUUAUUGGAAUACAAGUUUUCCCGGAAUGGCAAGGAAUCUGCUAUAUCACGUCGCCAUCCCAACAAUUUCAGGCUCACAGAAACUCGGAAGUUCCCAGAAAAUGAGGCUUGGGAUUGGUGGGAUAAUUAUCGCUUUUUAGAAGACGUAUCUUUUCUAGCUGCCAAAGAAAGAUACGGCUUCAAGUUUGUAAUAUGUGCUGCAUAUGCAGAUGAUGGGGACCAUAGAGUUUGGUAUUAUAUUGAUGAUUGGUUUAAAGACAGUCCAAGCGGGGUCUCUCGAUUAGGUCAGAGUAGGCGCAAAUUGUCUGAGAAGUAUGCUCUUUGGAUUUACAAUCUUUUCAAUUUUCAUUUGAACCUGGUGGAAGGUCCAUUGAAGAUGAAGGACUUUGAUCGCAUAUAUCAACGUCCUAGAAAAGAAAAAUCCUUUAUUCAGAGAAAGUUGGCCGAAAUGUUUUGCUGCGAUCUGAGACCCUCAAGCUCUGAAUCAAUCUGA